AUGGCCGGAGCGGCGGCGGCGGUGGCCGCGGGAGCAGCAGCUGGAGCCGCCGCGGCAGCCGUGUCGGUGUCGGCUCCGGGCCGGGCCUCGGCACCCCCGCCGCCCCCACCCGUGUACUGUGUGUGCCGGCAGCCGUACGACGUGAACCGCUUCAUGAUCGAGUGCGAUAUCUGCAAGGACUGGUUCCACGGCAGCUGUGUUGGAGUAGAAGAACAUCACGCUGUUGAUAUUGACCUGUAUCACUGUCCCAACUGUGCAGUUCUCCAUGGUUCCUCCUUGAUGAAAAAGAGGAGGAAUUGGCACAGGCAUGACUACACAGAAAUUGAUGAUGGUUCCAAACCAGUGCAAGCUGGAACCAGGACUUUUGUCAAGGAGUUACGUUCUCGAGUCUUCCCAAGUGCCGAUGAAAUCAUUGUAAAGAUGCAUGGCAGUCAGCUGACACAGAGGUACCUGGAGAAACAUGGAUUUGAUGUCCCUCUUGUGGUCCCUAAAUUAGAUGAACUGGGACUCAGGCUUCCUUCACCUGAUUUUUCUGUGAUGGAUGUGGAACGUUAUGUAGGUGGUGACAAAGUGAUAGAUGUCAUUGAUGUUGCCAGGCAGGCGGACAGCAAAAUGACACUUCACAAUUAUGUUAAAUACUUCAUGAACCCCAACAGACCAAAAGUGUUAAAUGUGAUCAGCCUUGAGUUUUCAGAUACGAAGAUGUCUGAAUUGGUGGAGGUCCCUGAUAUAGCCAGAAAGCUAUCCUGGGUGGAAAAUUAUUGGCCAGAUGAUUCAGUCUUUCCUAAGCCAUUUGUUCAGAAAUACUGCUUAAUGGGAGUUCAAGAUAGCUAUACAGAUUUCCACAUUGACUUCGGUGGGACUUCAGUCUGGUACCAUGUCCUUUGGGGUGAGAAGAUUUUUUAUUUGAUAAAGCCAACAAAUGAAAAUUUGGCACUCUAUGAAUCGUGGAGUUCAUCUGUGACCCAGAGUGAGGUGUUCUUUGGAGAUAAAGUUGAUAAAUGCUACAAAUGUGUGGUAAAACAGGGCCAUACCUUAUUUGUUCCUACAGGAUGGAUUCAUGCUGUGCUCACUUCUCAGGACUGUAUGGCUUUCGGGGGGAACUUUCUACACAACCUUAACAUUGGCAUGCAGCUCAGGUGUUAUGAAAUGGAGAAAAGGCUAAAAACACCAGAUCUUUUCAAAUUCCCUUUCUUUGAAGCCAUAUGUUGGUUUGUAGCCAAAAAUUUGUUGGAAACCUUAAAAGAACUGAGAGAAGAUGGUUUCCAGCCUCAAACUUACCUAGUACAGGGAGUGAAAGCACUGCAUACUGCUUUAAAAUUAUGGAUGAAAAAAGAACUUGUAUCUGAACAUGCCUUUGAAAUUCCAGACAAUGUUAGACCUGGACAUCUUAUUAAGGAACUUUCUAAAGUAAUUCGAGCAAUAGAGGAAGAAAACGGCAAACCAGUUAAAUCUCAGGGAAUUACUACUGUGUGUCCAGUUUCACGAUCCUCAAAUGAAGCAACUUCUCCAUACCAUUCCAGACGAAAAAUGAGGAAACUUCGAGAUCAUAAUGUUCGAACUCCUUCUAACCUAGACAUCCUUGAGCUCCAUACAAGGGAGGUCCUCAAAAGAUUAGAGAUGUGUCCAUGGGAAGAGGACACCUCGAGCUCUAAACUGAAUGGAAAAUUCAACAAACAUCUCCAACCAUCUUCCACAGUACCAGAAUGGAGAGCAAGAGAUAAUGACCUACGAUUGCUGCUGACAAAUGGAAGGAUAAUUAAAGAUAUUAGACAGCCCUUUGCAGAUCAGAGCCUUUAUACAGCAGACAGUGAAAAUGAAGAAGACAAGAAACCAACAAAGAAGGCCAACAUGAAGAUAGAAGAGAGUUCAGGAAGAGAGGGGACAGAAAGUGAAGAAUCCCAAAAGCCACUUAACAGGUUUUUUACAAGUGUGAAAGCCGAACUCAGGAAUAGAUCAUCAGAAUAUUCUGAUAUUUCUGAUUCAGAAGACUCUGGACCUGAUUGCACUGCACUGAAAAUUAAUUUCACCACUGAAGAGUCUGAAAGUUCAGGUGAUGAAAAGAAACAUGUAAUAACAUCAAACUUUAAGGAGGAAUCUGAUAGAAUGAGGAACCUCCUUAGGAAGAGCCAGAAGCCAUCUAGAAGUGAAAUUCCAAUUAAAAGGGAAUGUCCUACCUCCACGAGUACAGAGGAAGAAGCUAUUCAGGGCAUGCUGUCUAUGGCAGGGCUGCACUAUUCCACAUGUUUACAAAGGCAAGUUCAAAGCACAGACUGCGGCAAUGAGAAGAACUCUCUUCAGGAUCCUAGCAGCUGCCACAGCAGUAACCCUGAAGUUAGGCAGUUGUGUCGCUUUGAUAAAACAGUGGAAUGUGGAUAUCAUGCCAAGACUGAAGAUCAACAAGACUUGAGAACUUCUUCCUGGACUAAACAAUUAGACAGAACUUCCAGAUUUAAUCCUCAGGACCUAAGUAGAAACCAGAAAUGCAUCAAAAAGGAAGGCUCAUCAGAAAUCAGUCAGAAGGCACAAAACAGGCAUUAUGUGGACAGCAGUGGCUCAAGCCUUCAGAAUGGAAAGUACAUGCAGAAUCCCAGCUUGGUUUCAGGGCCAUGCCAGAUAAGUAAUGGCAGCCUAAGCCCAGAAAGGCCAGUUGGUGAAACUUCCUUUUCAGUGCCCCUUCACCCCACCAAGAGACCUGCAUCAAACCCACCACCUAUUAGCAACCAGGCUACUAAAGGUAAACGUCCAAAAAAAGGAAUGGCAACAGCUAAACAACGUCUUGGGAAGAUCCUUAAGUUGAACAGAAAUGGCCACGCACGUUUCUUUGUGUGACGGAGCUGCUGUUGCAGCCACUCCUGGCUUUGGAGGCCAGUCUUGGGGUGUGGGAGCCUGGAGCUUCCGCUGUCCCCCUGCCUGGAGCGGUUUGUGCGGACAGUAAGAACACUGCCUGAAGAACAGAAUGAACCCGAUGCUGCAUUUUCACUGUGCCACACCCACUCAGCAAUAACCCUUUGGACCUGGUGGGGGAGAGGAAGGAGGGUAGAAACUUAAAAAGAGACCUUGAACUGGAAAGGUCUCUUGUCAGGGCUUGAAUUUCAUUUUGUUGUUGGUAGUGUCUUGAUUUAUCUUCAGUAGUAGGGUAAAGAAUUAUCAAUAAUUUA